AUGCAGUCAUUUUCGUGCGACGCACCGCCAAACGGAGCAGCUAAUAACGCGGCGGCGGCGGCGGGGGCGGCGGCGGCGGCUCUGCCUGACGAAGACGCAACGGCGAGUUCUAGAAGCGGAGGCGGCACGAUUCUCGGAGCCGUUGCGCUCAUUAUAGGAACGUCCGUCGGCGCGGGCGUGCUUGCGCUUCCCGCGGAGACUGCUCCCGCUGGUGUUUUCCCCUCGUCGUUCGUGCUAAUAGCCUGCUGGGCCUUCCUGUGCCUCGAGGCGCUGCUGCUGGCGGAAGUUAACGUCGCCCUCAUCAAGGAGAGAUCCGGUGUUUUCCCCUCGUCGUUCGUGCUGAUAGCCUGCUGGGCCUUCCUGUGCCUCGAGGCGCUGCUGCUGGCGGAAGUCAACGUCGCUCUCAUCAAGGAGAGAUCCGUUAGUAGCAGCACCGUUAGCAGCAGCAUGGCCACUGGCAUUACCGCUAGCAGCAGCAGCAGCAGCAGCAGCAGCAGCAGCAGCAACAGCAGCAGCAGCAGCAGCAAUAGCGGCAACAGCAGCAGUACCGGAGCUGCAGGUUCGGAACAAGAGCCUGAGCGAGGCUCGGACGUCCUGUCCUACCGAACCAUGGCCGAGGCGACUCUGGGUCCGGUGGGCGGCACUGUAGCUACAGUAGCAUACGUGUUUUUGUCCUUCACACUUAUAGUCGCAUAUUUCGCCAAGGGAGGGGAAGUUUUGGCGUUUGGUACGGGUCUUCCCAACUGGGUGGGUGCAGUGGGGUUCUUUUCGGUGCUGGGUGGUCUAAUCUACAGCGGCAGCACCAGAACAGCAGAUAUAAUCAACCGGGUAUUGACAGCCGGUUUGCUGGGGAUAUUUACCCUCCUGGUCUGCGGAGGGGCGGCAGUCGCGGACUGGGAUGAGCUGGCAGUUGCUGAUUGGUCAGAAAUGCCGACCACUCUCCCCGUAAUCUUCCUCGCGCUGGUCUUCCACGAUUUGAUUCCCGUGAUCUGCACGUAUCUGGACGCGAAUCUGGGAAAGAUUCGGGCGGCAAUCGUGAUCGGGAGUGCAGCACCUCUUACGAUGUUUGUAGUCUGGGACACCAUUGCUCUUUCUAUCUCCCCUUCCUCCCUCACUUCUGCCGCUGCUGCCGCCGCUGCUGCUCCUGCCGGUGCUUUUUCCCUCUCCUCCCUCUCCUCCGCCAUCUCCUCUCUCUCCUCCUCCCUCUCCCACCUCGCCUCCUCCCUCCCCUCCUCCCUCUCCACCGCCCUCUCCACUCCCUCACUCGCUCCCUCACUCACUCCCUCACUCCCUCACGCGCUCUCCACGCCUUUCCAAGACCCUCUGAACCUCCUCCUGCUGCAAGGCUCACCCCUCCAAUCCUCCAUCGUUCUCGCAUUCUCAUUCCUCGCCGUUGCAACGUCGUUCCUUGGCACAUCGCUAGCCCUGGCUGAAUUCUUUAUGGAGCAGCUGGGUUUGAUAGCUGUUGGUGGGGACAAGAGGAGAGGCGAGGAGGAGCAUGGAGGUUUAAUAACUUCAGAUGUGAGGAGGAGGGAUGAGGAGCAGCAGCGGUUGAUAGACCAAAAAGGAAGAGGCGAGGAGAAUCAGGGUUUGACAGCCCUUCAAAGCCGGAUUUCAGGGAGGAUUCAGGAACAGGAGCAGCAAGAGGUUGAAGUUAACAGUGUGGAUUUCAAGGAGGCGGGAUUAGGGUUUGUGAGGUCGCAUGUGAGGGAGGUGGGAUUCCUUCUGGCCCUCUGCCCGCCGCUGCUGGUGGCUUUAGCGAAUCCGGGCGCGUUUGUGGCGGCGAGCAAGGCGGCAGGCGCAUACGGCAUGACUGUGCUGUAUGGGAUCAUGCCGCCGCUCAUGUUCUACGCGCAUCACAAGCAGGGUUUCUUCCCCUCGUCAAUGGUCCUCAUCGGCUGUUGGGCUUUCCUCGUCCUCGAGGCGCUUCUGCUUGCGGAAGUCAACGUCGCGCUGCUUAAGGAGCGAUCCGAUAAGAGCAACACCGCUAACGCGUCUUCGUCAUCCGAUGCCGAGGCUGAGCGAGGCUCGGACGUCCUCUCCUACCGAACCAUGGCCGAGGCGACGCUCGGGCCUCUCGGCGGCACGAUCGCAUCCGCGGCGUAUUUAUUCUUGUCGUUUACGCUGAUGGUGGCUUAUUUCGCCAAGGGCGGCGAAGUGAUGUCGCUAGGGACGGAUCUGCCGCGUUGGCUCGGUGCAUCGGGGUUCGCAGUGGUGCUCGGCGGUUUGAUCUACUGCGGAAACACGCGCACCGCUGACCUGGUCAACCGAGCUCUGACCGCCGCCUUGCUUGCAAUCUUCGCGGCUCUGGUUUGCGGAGGCUCCACUCUCGCCGACUGGGACCAGCUGGGCUUCGCUGAUUGGUCCGACAUGUCAUCCACUCUCCCCGCCAUCUUCCUCGCGCUCGUCUUUCACGAUCUCGUCCCCGUUCUCUGCGCGUACCUCGACGCGGAUCUCAGGAAGAUCCGCACCGCGCUCCUCGUCGGCAGCUCCGUGCCGCUCGCUAUGUUCCUAACCUGGGACGCGAUCGUACUCUCCAUCUCGCCGUCCUCCAUCGCCGCCGCCGGCGCCGCCGGAGCCGCUGCCGGCGCGAGCGCCGGGGAUCUCGCCUCGUCCGUCGCCUCGUCCGUUUCCGCUGUUGGAUCGUCGUUCGCGAAUCUCGCGUCGUCGUUCCCUACGUCUCUAGCAACGGCUCUCUCUGCUCCCGCGCUUCCCGCUCUCGCGUUCCCCGCGCAGGACCCCUUCCAGCUGUUCAUGCACCAGGCCACUCCCCUCCAAUCAGCCGCCGUCCUCGCGUUUUCGUUUCUAGCCGUUGCCACGUCAUUCCUCGGUUCCUCGCUCGCGCUGUCCGAGUUUUACAUGGAGCAGAUCGCAAACAUGGUAUUUGGCGGGAAAACCGCGGAGGCCGAAGCGGAGGAUCAGGAGCAGAAGCAGACUGUGAGUGGUGCUAACGCUGUCGAUAUCAAGGAGGCCGGGAUAGGGUUCGUGAGGUCCCAUGUGAGGGAGGUGGGGUUCCUUCUGGCCCUCUGCCCGCCUCUCGCGGUAGCUCUGGCGAACCCUGGCGCGUUUGUGGCGGCGAGCAAGGCGGCUGGCGCGUACGGCAUGACUGUACUGUACGGGAUUCUGCCGCCCCUAAUGUUCUACAUGCAUCACAAGCAUAAGGCGGAGAACGAGGCUAAGCCGACUGGUACGGCAGGAGAUUCGUUCUGGGUGCAGCCAGGUGGCAGCCUCGCGUUGGCCAGCAUGGGCGGGUUAUCGUGUGCUGUGAUUGCGGGUCAGGCGGUGAUCGAUGCAUCUGUGAUUUCACCUGGUUCACUCGCUUCUCCCCAACCGUCGAUUGUGUUGGCCCAAGGCGACCGCGAUUCCAUGGCUGAUAUUCCCUCUAGAACCCAACUCACUCUGGCGACAAUCCGAAGCCCAGUUGCAGCUGGUACCCUUGAGCCCCCUCCCCUUGUUUACGCCAGCCAAUCACUGGCUGCCAGCUGCAUGACCGCCCCUCCAACCUCUGAUCUCCAGCACGAUGCAUUCUUGAACCUUCGUGAGUCUGCAUCGACGAACCCCAUGCUGGCUCCGUUACCCGUUUCGCACUCUUCGCAGUGCCUGACGUUCACGAUGUCGGACCUCGAGGCCUUUGAUUCCACAAAGGAAACCCUGAUUGUGGACAUCUGA